GUUUUAAAAAAAGCUUGAGCCAUGAAGUAUUUUUCGUUCAUCCUAUCUGUUGUAUUUGUCAACUUGUGGAUUGUAGCCUUAGUUCAUGCGAACGGCAGCAAAGGAAUGUUUUGCAAGGCUGUCGAUGAUGACGCUGAUAUCCUUGGUGAAGGAAGUUGCGAACAAGACAAAGUUAAUGCUACAGUGAGAGAACACGUUGAAGCAAUGGAAAGUUCAAUAAUCGCAAAGAUGGAGGAAAUGGAAGAAAAGCUUCUACUAAGACUAAGCAAUUUGAAAGUAUCACUUCAUCAAGUCAAGAAAGAAAUACAAUCAGAGAUCUGUGGAGGCUUCCAUUACAACGGAAGAUGCUACUGGGCCACGGUGUAUGCCAUUGAAAAUACCGAUUACAGCGAAGCUGUUACCUUGUGCAAGGACAAAGCCGGAGAGCCAGCCGAUAUUCUCGAUUCCAAACAUUAUGAUUUGAUUAUGGAAUACAUUCGAUCUAUUAUUUCGUCAUCAGAAACGUAUCUGUGGCUCGGGAUGACUAUCACACCACACAUUGGAGCUGUUCAAUUGUCAAAUGGGGUCACAGCUCCGUAUUUGAAUUAUGAACAAAAUUAUCCAGCGGACACUCGAUUUUUCACCCGAAUGACCAUCGCAGUAAACAAAGAAUCCUCCAGCGAAGAACAGGGAAUGUGGAACACAAGAGGAACUGAUGAAUUACAUGGAGUUCUUUGUCAAAAGUAAAAGCAAUCAGCCACAAUGAUGAACUACAUACAUGUGUUGGGUUAUUUUAGCAUGUUUAUUAAAUUACGUAUUGUGCAUAUAUAUUUUUGAUUGAAUCAAUACCAACAGUAUAAAGCACUUGACUAGCGGGACACGACAUUUUUGUUCGUUGUCUAUCGAGCCUUUCCAAGAACGGCUCGCGUAACCCAUUGAAUAUCACCGUUUGCUCGUGAUCACGUUUUAUCCAACACGCUGUCGAUAAAAGCUUACUUGAUGUGUUAGAACACAAUGGUAUUAAUUCUCAACAGAAAUUGCUUGAGCCAAGUCUUCUGUGCGGAUUUCCUUCAAUCUUGAUGUGUUCGAACACCAUAGUAAGAAUUCUCAACACAAAUUACUUGAGCCAAGUCUUCUGCGAAUUUCCUCCAAUUCACCCAGUUACGUGACCGGCGCUCUCAGCACGCACUGCAAGUUGCAACAGAUAGCCCCAUUCAUACUCGGGUCAGAUGAGAGUACUGAAAACACUUACCUCCCAAAUACCGCCACCUCAAACUUGUAGGCCAAGAAGUAUUCACGGCACGGUUAAAGUCCUCUGCCUGUUCCCCCUACCUUGUUGAAAAGCGUUGAGAUGAACAAGACCGCACACACAAAACAAAGUUAAGGCAUGUAUUCAUGUUCAUAUAAGAUACAAAUGUUAUAUCCAAGCGGUAAGAAAAUUAAAAUAUUGCACAAUUAUUCUUCAUCGAAUCCUCGUUCGAACUAUUUUUAGGUGCGAGAGCGAACAUAGCAUAAUGGAUACUCACAAAAUGCAUUUAAUGCCUAGCUUUCUACUACAUUGAGAAUGUUUAUAACGUAAGCAAUUACAGUUUAAAGUGUCAAUAAAAUUUGCAUAUUGCAGUGAA